AUGCUUCGAUACUUGGUCGUUGCUGGUAUCUUACUAGCUACAACUGCUGCUUUCGAGUGUCCUGCUGACACAAUCUUGCGAUUAGCUAGUAAUCACCGCUCCAAGGAUCUUGAAGCAGAGUGUCAUAGAUCAAAAUCUUCUAUCGCCUGCGAAAAGCAAGAAGACGUUAAUAAGUCUUGGAAGGCAUUUGAAGAAGUACAGAACGAAUACAAAAAGCUUGUCGCUGAAUGCGUCGCAGUGCGAAAAUCGGGAAAAACAAAGAGAAGCACCUCAGUGACUUCUGAUGCUGGACAUGCUCAUCGCCAUCGCCAUCACAAAAAGCGCGCUAUUGAUAUUGUUCCUUAUUCUGAGCCAGAACGCCAGCAAAUCUCUCGCACGCGUCGUCAAGUGUGUAUGACCAAAAGCAAGGAGACUCUUGAUAAGAUGCAACAGAACUUCAAAGAUCAUUGCGACCGUGAAAACAUUUGCCUGCCUGAUGAAGAUUUACCUGCUGGAGCUCAGCAAGAUCGCAUCAAACAAGUUCAAAACGACAGAGCCAAGAAAUACACUACAUAUUUGUCUCUCGUAUCCAUGUUUCUGAACAUUUAUUUGAUCACAUAUAUGAUUAUGACGGAAGAUAAAGAUAGCUUGACGAUCUGCUUGAGAAGAUUUAGAAGCAAAAGAAAUUGA